AUGGCAGCCCGUCCCAAGUCGAAGCCUGCGAAGAAGGCUCCCAGCAAGCCCGCCAUCAAGAAGGCGGCUGCCCCCAAGAAAAACACUCCAGCUGCUCCCAAGAAGGCGGCGCCCGCUGCUUCAUCGGCCACCAUGAAAAAGGGGAAGAAGGUGGUCGCCAAGAAGACUGUUGCUAAGAAGGCGGCGCCGAAGAAGGCCAAGGCCACCACCAAGACAGGAACGAAGAAGGCGUCCAAGUGCAAGAGCCGUAAAUAA